UGCUGGCCUGGCCCCACUGCCGCCCCGGCCGCGGCCCCGGCCCCUCCUCCUGCGGGGGCGGGAAGCGCGGAGCGGCUGGACGACGGCACAGGAGCCCUUGUGGGGAAUCAUGGUGCCGCUGAGGGACUGCAAGGCCUGGCAGGAUGCUGGACUUGUCCUGUCAACUACUAGCAAUGAAGCCUGUAAACUAUUUGAUGCUGCGCUGACCCAGUAUGCCACCUGGGCCAAUAAUGAGAGCCUUGGAGGUAUUGAGGGCUGUCUCUCAAAGUUAAAAGCAGCAGAUCCAAAUUUUACAAUGGGACAUGUCAUUGCUAAUGGUUUGGAGCUGAUUGGCACUGGAAGUUCAGUGCGGCUCAACAAAGAGCUGGACAGUGCCAUGAGAACGAUGAUGACACUUUCAAAAUCACAGCCACUGACUGAGCGGGAGAAGCUUCAUGUAUCAGCGCUGGACAUGUUUGCCAGUGGCCAGCUUCCAAAAGCUUGUGAUCUAUGGGAACAGAUUCUGCAGAGCCACCCAACUGACCUGCUAGCCCUCAAAUUUUCCCAGGACGCUUAUUUCUACCUGGGACAUCACAUACAGAUGCGAGAUUCUGUUGCCCGGGUUUAUCCUUUCUGGACAUCUGAUGUUCCACUGAGCAGCUAUGUGAAGGGCUACUACUCUUUUGGACUCAUGGAAACAAACUUUUUUGAUCGUGCUGAGGAGCUUGCCCGUGAGGCUUUGGUUGUAAAUCGGACAGAUGCAUGGUCUGUUCAUACUAUAGCUCACGUAAAUGAAAUGAAAGCAGAGGUGAAGAAAGGAUUAGAAUUUAUGAAGGAAACGGAAGCCAACUGGAAGAACAGUGAUAUGCUUGCUUGCCAUAAUUACUGGCACUGGGCUUUAUACUUUAUUGAAAAGGGUGAAUAUGAGGCUGCUUUGACAAUUUAUGACAAUCAUAUUGCUCCCCGGUGUCUGUUAAGUGGAAGCAUGCUGGAUGUAGUAGAUAACUGUUCGAUGCUGUACAGGCUUCAUCUGGAAGGUGUAAAGCUUGGAGACAGGUGGAACAAUGUUCUCAAGCUUACAAAGAAGCACACCAAAGAUCACAUUCUUCUGUUCAAUGACGUACACAUCUUGAUGUCCUCACUUGGAGCCAAAGACCACAAAACUACUGAUGAGCUUUUAACAACUCUUCAGGAACUUGCCAAAGCACCUCAUGAAGACCAUGAGCUUUCCCUGGCUCCCAGGUUGGGGUUGCCACUGUGCCAGGCUUUUGUAGAGUUUGAAAAUGGAAAUUGUGACAAGGCUGUAGACCUGCUGUACCCAAUCCGUUACCAACUAAUCCAACUAGGAGGCAGUAAUGCUCAGAGAGAUGUUUUCAGCCAGUUAUUGAUUCAUGCUGCUUUAAAUUCUAAAUCACAAGCCAAACAAAACCUUGCAAGGUGCCUUCUGAGAGAACGUGAUGUGAUGAGACCAAAUUCACCAAUGACGGAGCGACUUAUUAGGAAGGCAGCAGCUGUUCAUUCAAUGGCUUAAGUCUUUCCUCUGUGCUUCAGCUGAAAUUGCAAUAAGCUUACCAAUCAAAGCCUGGGUCCAGGGUGCGGAGGGGUGAUACGAUUUAAACCAUGCUAGAGAUUCACCGUAGGUAAGAGUACCCUGUGAACUAGAGACCUGAUGAUGAUUUCCUUAAAAAAAAAAAAAAAAAAAAAUAGUGUUGCAUUUCAGGAGGUUGUACCUUAGAUGAUUCCACAAAGAAAGAAGAUAACCUGCUGAUAAUGCUCAGCUCUCUGAAGCAUCGCAGGACACUGCUUUUCUGGUAUAUUUUCCUGACAGUUCCCUGUGAGCUUGAUUAUAUACAGUCCAGUAACAGUGCCUGGAUUUCAGUCAUCCAUUGGCCCAAUUUGUUACUUUGUUACUAUGUUAAAUAAUCAGUAAACUGCUCAGGUAAUUCAAAUGAACCUUUUAAACAUAGCUAAUAGGAAAUUAUGGGGCCAGAGCCAAUUCAGGCAUAAACUGAAUUUCCCUGGCAUUACAGAUCUGUUUGCAUUCAGCAUCUCUUUCCCGGUGCAUAUUUUUAAACUCCCUCUCAUAAAAUGUGAAACUUUUUCCUUUCGAUAUAGCACCUUGGAGCUUUCUGAAAUUAUUCUGUGAAUGAAAUCAGACAAGAGGAAUAAUAGCUGACUGUGACUAUUCUAACAUGGGUACUUCCUUGGCACUUUUAAGUCUUUCAGGUGUAGUUCCCUGUUCUUUAGCUUCGUCACUGCUUUAUCUGUCCAGCCAUGACUAGAUUUUCACUAUUAUUUUUAAUUGGUGCAUUUCAAGCAAUGCAGAUUAAAGAUAAUUUUUUACUCAAGGAAUAUAACAUAUCUUAUUGGGGAACAAUAGCUUGAGAAAACUGCUGGCUGUUCAUGAAGUGUGUAGUUUAUGUGAGCCAUUGCUAUACAAAUUUAAGAAUGACACUUGUAGUAUUUUUGGUAUAAUAUGAUUGAGAAUUUUAUCUGCUUUACAUCAAUAAAUUCAAAGAUAUGCUCAGUUGAGCAGCAA